AUUUUUCCCGUUUUAACAUAACUCAUGGCGGUUCUGUAGAUUUUUGGAAUAAAAAAUUGGUGUUAAUUUAAUGUGGAUAGCCAGCCGUUUGUGCUGAAAGUAAAGCAGGAUGACAAAAGACCGCCUGCCGGCCCUGAAAGCGACCCAGAGUGAUGAUGACGAGGCUGAAGAGGUACAAGUUGGGGUGGACUCUGGGGGCUUUAUGGACGAGUUCUUCGCACAGGUUGAAGAAAUUCGUCAGAUGAUAGAUAAGAUAGCGUCCAACGUGGAGGAAGUGAAGAUGAAACACAGUACGAUAUUGUCCGCACCUCAGACAGAUGACA